AUAUGAAGCCCGUUACCUUCUCACUCCAAGUCCAGUUCCUCCGCUCUCUCUCUCUCUCGCGCUCUCCUCUCUCUGCAACGUUCUCUCGCUCAGCUCUCGCGUUCGCGCGCUCUGUUUCUUCUCGCUUUUCUCUCUGCAAACCCUAAAAUCGAAAAGCAUCGCGUUGAAUUGCCUACCGUGGUGGAAUCGGAGGAGAGUUAAAAACCUAUCGUAUAAUUAUUCGGCAAUCGGAUUCCGACGACCUCAGUGGGCGGUAAAGCGAAGAAGAGAUACAAACUUCAGCGACUAAUUGGUGCCACAAUUUUUGCCGGGGCAAACCCUAAAUUGUCGUGAUUGGAGAUAGUGCGCGAGCUAGUGUCAAUUCUGCGUUGCCUGAGCAUCGCAUUGUCGAAGAUAGGGCGUGCAGGAGAUGAGAUAUCAUUAAACUGGGAGUAGGAGACGCGGAGAAGUAGUAGUAAGAGGCAGAGGUGGCAAGUGAGGAUGAGUAGGCUGUCCUUCCGGCCUCGUCCGCUUGACAUUCACAAGAAGCUCCCUAUCGUAAAAUCGGUAAAGGAAUUUGAAGAAGAUGAUUCAACUCCCACUUCUACUCGCAAUUCUCAGCUGCUUCGGGUUGCUGCUGCCGAUUUCGACAAUGAGGCGCAUCAUCCCCAUGUUCCUACCAAGAAAUUAGCUUCCGAAAUACCUACACCCCAAUUUGAUGCUGUUGAUACUUACGAACGAGACUAUCAGCGCACGUUCGCUCAGCCCAAUUCUUACAUUCGAGCAAGGGGAGCUCGAGCUGAGAUCGGAGAAUUUGUUGAAUAUGAUAUUGACAACGAAGAUGAGGAUUGGCUUCAAGAGUUCAACAAAGACAGGAAUAACCUUUCUCCUGAAAAGUUUGAAGUUCUUCUAUUCAAGUUAGAGGUGUUAGAUCAUAAGGCUAGGGAAAGAGCUGGAGUUAUAACACCAACACUUGGUUCUCCCAUCCAUGUACUUCUACAACUAGAUGCUGCUAGUGAGGUAAAACUUUGUGCACUGCAAGCUCAGUCUGUCAGAUAUGUGGUUCUCCAGUCGGUUUAUAACUACUGGAAAGAAAAGCGUGAAAGAUGGCAAAAGCCUGUUUUACGCCGACUGCAGCCUCCUCCCCCAGUGAAUGACACAAAUCCAUACAAUGUCUUCCGGCCACGAGAGAAAGCACACAGACUGCAUACAAGAAGGAUGCAGAGGAGGGAAAAUAAUGUACAAUCAUUUGAAAAGCUUCGGCAGGUCAGGCGGAAUCUUGAGCAAGCUAAGACUAUACUCGAGGCUCUGAUUAAGAGAGAAGAGAAGAAAAGAGAGGUGAUGGAGAGUGAAGUCAGUCUCCAGAGGAUCCAAAUCAAGUACAAGCAUGAGACAGAGCUACUUGAGGAUAGCUUGGCUCUUCAUGGAUUUCAACCCAUCUCCAAGUUUGUGUCAAGCGAAGAUGAAAUUCUUGAUUCAGAGGACUUUGCGAACAGUCGUCCACGCACGCGUCCUCCCCUUCCCCUGCAAAAUCCGACCCCCAUGAUAACGGAUUCCAGAAACAUUGUCAACUUCCCACCAGCAGCAACCAUGAAGCAAGAGCUACGUCGGAGGCAUGCAGUCGACGGAUGGCUCCACAAAAUGGAUCCAAAUGAACCACUAUUGUUGUUCACGAAGCCUCUUGUACCCGAGAAGUUGGCAUCUGCUGGGAUAGUACCGCCAGCAGAUCCAUCGUCGAGGAAUGGGGGAUCAGCAGUGACGUACAGAUUUCGAGGAAGAAUCGGGCGAGGUGGGCGAAUCGUAUUUGAUAGAUGGAACCCACUUGCACAAACGCCAAUUGAUGUCGGUAACACUUUAUACAUAGCCCCUCGACCCCGCCCCUCAACUUACAAUUAAUUUCUUGCAUCUCUAAUUCUUCCCCCACAAAUUGUUGUGAGGUGGAUUUGUGAAACCCUCAAGUCGAGAGAGUGUAGGGGUGGUUGUGGUAAUUUGUAAUUGAUAGAGUGUAGGCGGGGAAAUGCCUUCCCAGGGUUUAUGUAACGUAAGUGACAAGUAACAACCUCACUUCAAUAUCUUCUUGUUAUGUAACGACCAGAAUCAUUCUCUCUGUGAGUUACUAUAGCCCAUUCUAGGAGCUUAUAGCAAGCCUUAUGGUAAUAGAUUACCAGUAUGAAACUCAGGUGAAAGGUCUUGGAAGAG